UCGCGCGCCGGAUCCGUCAAGGACGCAUACCUGGCCCAGAAGCAGGGCCGUUCAACAUCACUACCCACUGGAGAAGACUGGAUAUUCCGAAUUAAGGUCAUAUCAUCUGCAACCGACCUCGGCAAUGAUGUGUUCAAGAACGCCGUUCAAGGGCUCGUACGAAUGUGCUUUCCUGAGGGCAUUUUGGAUCAACUGGGACCUCAAGCACUAGAACAGCACAUGCGCGAAGAACAUGCUCCGGAAAAGAACAUACGCAGGAUGUCAGAGAUCUUUGGCAACGAGAUGACGAAGCGCAUGGUCUCGAUGAUCGCCGAAAAUCUCGACACGGCUGCCAAGGUUGAUGCAGUUCUGAAGGCUAUGUUAUCUACCAGCGCAAGAGCGCAUGGAGACAAGCUUGGAGAAGACAUUGUGGAUUACGUUACUGCUCGCCUACUUCGAAUGAAGGCGAAGGCCCCAAAACGCUCCACGGAAUGGCUAGCCCAUGCUAACGCACCACAAGAAAACGACAGCAGUGAUGGAGACGUGAGUAUCAGCGGUGUUUCUGAUUACGAGCCUACACCGCCACCGAAGAUGAAGAGACAUAAGAAGCCGGACAAAGAGUCGAAGCGAGCACGGCCAGGUGCUGACGACCGUGGUGCAAAAUCCACAAACCCCCACGUUAGCUUGCCAGCAGCUCCGCUUCCACUUCAGCAACACACUUCAAAGGGAAAAGAUCGCAAGAUAUCUUCGAAGUGGUUAUGGGACAUCAAGAGAGCAGAUAUCGCAGGCGACGCUGUAGCUGAUACCUUUUCACGCACGAGUGAUCUAUUUGCUUAUCAUGCAUUACCGAUUGCAAAACGCAAGCUUGGACCUGAUGCAUCAAAGAAACAAAUCAGAUGCGAGAUGCAGUCCCUGAUCGAUGGUAUGCCAGCUGGAGAGUUCGAAAAAUGGGUUGAGAGUUUGCAAAAGCUACUAGGUGGCGACCGCGAGAUGUUAGAGCGACCAGAAUCACAUCCAUCGGGUGACGAGCAGCAGUUAACUCGCGCAACACCAGCGCCUGUCGACACUCCAAGUGUCUCGCGGAAAACUACGAAAAAUACACAGGGCAGCUUAUCUCGCCCGUUCAUCUAUGCAGAAAGGCUUAGCACACCCUCACCAGAGAGGCUUGUCGUCAAACGCGAGAUUGUGACUCAUCCAUCGGGAAGAUCGGGCGCUCCUUAUUUAGACGCUCAAAUAAAUUCGACAUCAGAAGCGACGGGCGCGUCAGGACGUUUAUCGACAGACAAACGUUACUCCCAGCCACAUGUGAGCGGUGCAGAAGCUGAGGGCGGACACGCUGUUCGGCAUUCUCGUGGCAUCAUAGAUCUGGCGCCCACGAUCGAAGUCGAGACUCCGGUGGCCGUAUUGCUCUGGGGCACGGGUAUCAUCACCGCACUUCACUGUAUGGAAGUUACACGAACGAUCAUGAACAACCUCGACCGCAGAAUCUCGGCUGCAGUAAGAUCUCGCUAUCCAACUGUAACACCUCAGCUAAUUCGUAUUGAGCUCGAACAAGCUAUCAUCUACGCGUUUCCCAAACCCGGACCACCAUUCAGUUUUAUCGAUACUUUGAAGAAUAUUGAGAAACAGCUCAUACCUUGGGUGGUUGCAAAACCAAAUGCAUUCCCAGAACUGAGAGCUAUGCCCUUCGUAUUUGAUUAUAUGCUGACACAUAUACCGGUUACUGUGAAUCUACUCUUUGGUUCCUGGUCCGCAGUAUCAAUGAUGACUGGCCAUGAAGUCUGGGAUAUACUGAUGAAGAUUCUCCAGCGACGAGGCAUCUCCGAGGAAUCAGCGGCUGGGUCUGACGUCAACUUUGAGCAAGUCGACAGUCUUUGUAAGGCGCACAAGCUUCCAGAAACGACCAGACGUGUUGUAUUUGAACGAGUUUUGCGUAAGUUAGCAUUCUCUCACAAAGAAAAGUUCACGGGAAUCAAGGCUACGUCAGUCGUGAAGAUAUGGGAGGAGAAGACGGGAUUGAGGUGGUAAUGUUCAGGCGGGGUGGCACUGUUUAUUGCCACAACAUGAGACUAUGUUGUCCGCGAUGGUUCUCUGGCGUCUCAAAGAUGCCAUCUCGAAUCUUUUGCGAAUAAAGAGCACCCAGAUCGAAGAAAUUCUAUCAUCGUAACUGAGACGUAUGUGCACUAAGAGAUCUGCUCGCGCACGACAAGUGCUAUAACACACGAUCUCUGGAGUACCCCUAAAACUACUUACAUUGCAGACGUCGUAGAAAUACGCGUCUUGGAAACGCUAGCUUCCCACCCAGAGGCGUGACGCCACGAUAAGGGCCGAAAAU